CUUAGCAAGUAUCUGACAUUGAACAGAAAAAUGGCUCUUCGAUUGAGCCGAUUUAUUCGUCCAAUUUCACAUGUCGCAAAGAGUGUGGUACUAAACCAAGCUAAGCCAGUGCCUGCUAUAGCCACACAGUGUUGGAGAUUUGAAUCAACAAGCACUGAGAAAAAACCCACUGUGAGAGCCCCUGUAUCUCCAGAGCGUAAGAAGCAGCUGGAGGAUUUUGGUCAGUAUGUGGGCCAGUGUUUAUCUAAGUACGUACAGACAGUCCGUCUGAUGUCAGGGGAUGAGCUGGAGAUUCUGAUACACCCUGAUGGGAUUGUUCCCACAUUAACUUUCCUAAAGGAUCACCACAACUCGCAGUUCACUAACAUUGUAGAUAUAGCCUGUGUCGAUGUACCAACUAGGGCAAAUAGGUUUGAGAUAGUAUACAACUUGCUGUCAAUAAAAUAUAAUUCACGUAUUCGAGUCCUCACUUACACUGAUGAGCUGACAGGAAUAGACAGUGCCUGCAGUGUUUUCAAAGGAGCAAACUGGUACGAGAGAGAGAUCUGGGAUAUGUUUGGAGUUUAUUUCCACAAUCACCCAGACUUGCGGAGAAUCCUGACUGAUUACGGGUUUGAGGGUCAUCCAUUCAGGAGGGAUUUCCCUCUCACUGGCUACACUGAGCUCCGUUAUGAUGAUGAGGUUCAACGUGUGGUGAUAGAACCUGUAGAAAUGGCCCAGGAGUUCCGCAAAUUCGAGUACAGUACACCUUGGGAGAGUUUUCCAAAUUUUCGCCCAAAGGAGGAAGAAUCAGAAACCCCUGUCCCUCAGGUUGAGUCAGGGGAGAAAAAAUGAUUGGACAAUUCAAUUAAAUUUGAAAUUAUUAUAUUAAUCAAUUUGUGUUAAUAAAAAUGUUACAAGAAA